UCAACAGUGAAGGAUUAGAGAGCACAGCAGAGACGACUCACUGUCAGAACCGAGGGCACGAGUGGACCUAAAAUUUUGCCAUCGACAUGUCCAAAGUAUUUAAGAAGACCAGUGGGAAUGGAACUAUUGCCUUGUACUUGGGGAAAAGGGACUUUGUGGACAAUGUGGAUUCAGUAGAACUAGUUGAAGGGGUAGUUAAAGUGGAUCCUUCUGGUCUUAACAACAGAAAAGUGUAUGUCUAUCUUGCUUGUGCCUUCCGCUAUGGAAGUGAUGACUUGGAUGUCAUCGGACUGACCUUCAGAAGGGACAUCUGGCUACAUUGCGUUCAGGUGUAUCCACCUACGGGUGGCAGCGAAGCUAAAUCCCCAAUGAUGGAAUCCCUCUUGAAAAAAGUUGGAGAGCAGGGGCACGCCUUUUCCUUCCAGAUGCCACCAAAUCUUCCAUGCUCAGUUUCCUUACAGCCUGGGCUAAAUGAUUCCGGCAAGGCUUGCGGUGUGGACUUUGAGAUUAAAGCAUACAUUGCCAACGCACCUGACAAUCCAGAUGAAGUCAUUCAAAAAAAGGAUACUUGUCGUCUGAUGAUUCGUAAAAUACAGUUCGCCCCAGCUGACAACAAGGCCGGAGCCAAGGCUGAUCUAUCCAAGCAGUUUAUGAUGAGUGACAAACCAGUGCACUUGGAGGCUUCCCUUGAAAAAGAGGUUUAUUACCAUGGAGAUCCAAUAACCGUUAAAGUGCAAAUCAACAAUGAAACCAACAAGACUGUGAAGAAAAUCAAAAUCUCAGUUAACCAGCUCACAAGUGUGGUCCUCUACUCAUCUGACACUUACGUCAAGGAAGUCUGUGCUCAAGAGUUUGGAGAGACCGUAAAUGCCAUCUCUACAUUUGAGAAGUCCUUCCAAGUAACCCCCCUGCUUGCCAACAACAAAGAAAAGCGAGGUCUUGCAGUCGAUGGACGUCUAAAAGAUCAGGACACCAACUUAGCAUCCACAACGCUGAGUCAAGGAGAGAAGGAGAUGCAGGGAAUUAUUAUCUCCUACAAAGUCAAGGUCACUCUUACAGUUUCGAGUGGAGGCUUGCUGGGUGGUUUGACAGGACGUGAUGUUGUCGUGGAACUUCCUGUGACACUGAUGUCCCCAAAGCCUGCAGGUCAGAUAUCACAGUUAACACCACGGAUGGUUGAAGCAGCCAGUCAAGGAAAAUCAUCUCUCAUGCACAGAACACAGAACACAAAGGAACUCAUUAUCAGCAAAGAAGAGCACAAAAUGCUCAAAUUUCCCCUGUAUAUAUUCAAUUCUAUUAUAAAUAACUAUGAGAACUCAAUUACUGAGGGUCAGAAGUCUGUGUGAAAUUUCCAUGCGUGACAUCAUAGCACUAGAAUCCAACAGAUGUGUCCCACAAUAGAGUAGACCUUUCAAUAUGUGUCAUUGGUAAUGAGGAUGCAGAGCUUGAUUUAACGUAAUCUUUAUUUUUAUGACAUUAGAAAUUACAUGUUGAAAAAUGGUGAAUGGAUGAAAUGAGUGGCUAUUCUAAAAACACAAAUGUGACACUCUGUUAAGACAAUUAAGAAAACUCAA